CCGUUGAGGUAGGACGGUACCUUGUGCUCCAAAUCCGCUGAUAUUUAAUGGUAGACAUUUAACACACCGUAUAAUCGAAUCACGAGUUUUCACGUGGUCUGGUGCCUGCGACGUUAUUACACAUCAAACGUGCGUGCUACGUUUUAGGCUUUGCUCGCUUCAUUUGCAUUAAAAAUUGUCUGUUACGAAGAAAAUCCGCACAUGUCAAGGUCGAGGUGUGAUUCGAGAUUUUUUCCAUCUCGCAGGUAUCGACAGUAUAUCUUCGAGUAAACAACGACGGUGUUGGCGGAGAUAUUGUUCAUAGAAGCGACGAGAUCUUCGGAAACCAAUUAAACCAACUGCUUCUCCGCGAGAGCGUAUUUCUGUCUUGCGAAUAUCGGAGAAUUUGUGAUCUUCGAGUUCGAUUUACGAAUCCAGCGAGAAUCAAAGCGGUUUCGAAGCGUAAUUCUCUGAUCGUGAAAUACUCGAAUUUGACGAGAGAAUAUAAGAUGAUGCUGAUGCAAGAGCCUGGUUGGAAGCUGGAACGCAAAGGUUCGGGAGCGCAGGUGUUGCGCAAGGAUGGAUCUCACUUCAAAAGCAGCACUGCACGCGUAUGUUUCCGAUGUGACGUAGAAAUCCGGGAAUUCGUGCCAGAUGAAGAUUAUGGCGUGACGGAGAACAUGGAAAUGGAAACAGCCGCAAGUCCCUUGGCAAUGCUGUCCAGUUGCGUAGCAGCGCUUUGCGUCACCAUCCUCUUGCCUUGGCUCCUGAUCGGAGGUUAAAAAAUGCCGCUUUUAUCAUCGAUCACAGCGAGACCUCGUCAAUCGAAAGAUUUGCAUCGGCAAUAUCAUCCCUUUGACUGAUCUACGAAUGUACUUGGAUAUUUGUACUUGGUAUUCACCUAUUCUUAUGUCGGUGGUCCCAAUAGUUGUUCAAGAUAUAUAGUUAACGAUGGAUGUGUCUUUGGGUCGAAUAUUCUCAAGGAAUGUUAAGAUAUUAUUGUAUGUUAUAUUAUUUAUAUGGAUGUUAUAGUAUUUAUAAUCAUGAAUACUGUAAUACUUUCGGGCAUUUUUUUUCGGUUGUAAAGGUUCUUCACACUUGAAUGUCGACCAUUGCAUUCGAGAAAAGACAUUUAAAAUUGCACGAGACUCGCGUAAUUAAUUAUUCGACCGAUAAAUCGAAGCAAAGAGAUAAAUAGAUUUUAUCACUGUGAUUAUGUAUAUAAUUUUUAAUUACAUUCGAUUGAUAUGAUAAUCCAAAAGUUUAUUCUUAUUAAUUUCUGUAUAUCAUAGCGUUGAAAAUUCUGUAUCAAUUUCUGUAUAUCAUAGCAUUGAAAAUUCUGUGAAUUUACGACGAAAUAAAUUUUUUUUGCAAAAAAA